UCUUAUUUGUGGAUGUUUCCAUCUGAACGUGAAACAUCACCACUAUCUGGACAGAAUCUUUGCGCUAUAUAUACAGUAUUUUCAUGUUUAUUUCCAGAGUGACACAUGUUUGAAUGCAUUUGUUUUUCUUAUGCGGAGUAGAUUUUAAGAAUACAUUUUCUGGUUGAUGCGGGUUCUCCGAAUCAAUUAUUUUUCUGUCCUUGAGUUCUUAACUUCAUAAGCUCAUGUCUGGUACUCCUUUACCUGGCUCCAUUAAGCAGUUAUUUGAUCACUCCUAUGUGUCGGCUCCUGAGAUUACAUUCUGUGAAAUAAGAUGGAAAAAAAGUUCGUGAAAACAAGAUGAUAUUGUUUCCUUCCCCAAAAAUCCCUUCCUCCCAAACCCUUUCCAUGAACUAAUGAAAAGUCAAUUGAAAGCUGUUGACUAUUCAAGAGUCCUCACUGAAUCACCCAGCAUGCCAGACAAAACCGGCAAGCCGUUUGUCCGGAAAUAUGAAGUAUUCCCUGGACAAAAUAAAUUCUACUGCAAUGGUCGAAUUAUGAUGGCCCGACAGACUGGUGUCUUCUGUUUCACCAUCUGUUUGAUUGUGGGAACUUGCACAUUAUUCUUCGUUUUUGACUGCCAAUAUCUCAGCGAAGAAAUAAGUCCUGCUAUACCUGCUGUGGCUGCAGUGCUCUUUCUUUUUGUUAUGUCCACUCUUUUACGUACCAGUUUUAGUGACCCAGGUGUAAUACCAAGAGCUACUCUGGAUGAAGCUGCAGAUACAGAAAAGCAAAUAGAAGUACCUAAUGGUUCCAGCUCACCAACAUAUAGGCCCCCACCUCGUACGAAAGAAAUCAUAAUCCAUGGUCAAGCUGUAAAACUUAAGUAUUGCUUCACAUGUAAAAUUUUUCGCCCUCCUAGAGCAUCCCACUGUAGUUUAUGUGAUAAUUGUGUUGAACGUUUCGACCACCAUUGUCCAUGGGUUGGCAACUGUGUUGGAAAAAGGAACUACCGUUAUUUCUAUUUAUUUUUACUGUCUUUAGGUUUGCUGUCUGUUUUCUUGUUUGCAUGUAUCAUAACUCAUCUUGUUUUAUUAUCUAGAAAUUCUACAUUUAUUGAUGCUGUAAGGGAGUCUCCAGCAAGUGUUGUAGAAGGCAUAGUGUGUUUUUUCUCUGUUUGGUCUGUAUUGGGACUUGCAGGGUUUCACACUUACCUCACAACGUCAAACCAAACAACUAAUGAAGAUAUAAAAGGUUCUUUUUCUACAAAAAGAGGGCAGGAUGUGUUUAACCCUUAUAGUAGUGGGUCACUAAUAGUUAACUUCUGCUCCGUCGUUUGUGGACCCAAUUAUCCAAGCCUCAUUGACAGAAGAGGCAUUUACACUGAAGAUGGUCAGUUGAGUCAGCAUUGCCAUUACGGAACAGUUAAAGGAGCGCAGUCAAAAGGUAUUGUCUCAACAGUGCCCAACACAAUAGUUACAACAGAGCAAAAGUCCACCCAAAGUGUUGCAGCUGCUGCAUAUGGACCAAAAAGCUCAGUCCACUCUGCUAAUGGAAAUUAUCGUGGCGUUCUUAGAGAAAGUUCCUACCAAAAUCCAGGACCUCAUGGCAACAACAGUAUUAAAGUCCCUGUAGCUGUAGUUUCCCCACAAACUCGGCAUGAAGCAGAGCUUUGUGCCAAAACGCCAUUCCCAUCGCACAAAGAUGAUCAAGACCCAUUAGAAAUUGGAAGUCAGCUUUCUUUGCUCAAGCAAAGUGCAGUGUGAAAUUUAUUUUGCUUUCUCUCACCUCUGUGGUUGCUUUCCAGAACUUUUCCGCGAAAAUACCCGAUUGCAGUAGCGUUUACAUUUGGUUGUGCAAUAUUGUACUUACUGUACAGACUUAAGACAGGAAGAAGUGUAUUCCAUGUGGUAUUUAAAUAUAAAGUACUUUUUGUAUUAAAUGUUUCAAACUCUCAAAUAAAUGCUAUGUAAAUAUUUAGGCUAAUUUUAUAAAGGCCAAUAUGAAUUAUUUCUUUUACAGUGUAGAAAAUGUUAUUUUUAUAUUCUUAUAUAUUUUUCCUGCACAUGAAUGUACUUAAGCAUUCUUUCAUAACUGAAUUAUUGCAUUUCUUAUACUUAAUUUCUUUGUUUCUAUGAUGAAAAUUGAUAAAGUUUAUAUUUUUAAAUAGUUUAUAUGUUCAUGUGCUAACCCCCCUUCCUCAGCUCACAAGACCCUGCUAUUUUUGUUAAUAUUUAAUUUUUGGUAACUUGAAAAGUAUCAAUUGGCCUUUUUGUUUAACCAACCAUUCGUUAUCACUAGAAACAAGUAAAAUUUUACAUCCGAGCAAGAAUCAACAUUUGACAUAUUUUUCAAUCGAAGUAUUUUUAUGUAGUUUUAAAUGUUUUAAUAUUUCUUUAGAAACAAAACAAAGAAAAAGAUACAAAAAAGUAUAAAAAACUAAACCAUUGUUUACUUAGAUUAAAGCUUUUGCAUAUUCAUGUACAAAUGGUAGAGUUCAUUUAUUGAAUUUUAAUGUUUAGUUUCAUUUCAAUCACUAAAAUAUUCAUAAUUGUUUUAUAAUGUUUUUAUAAUCGUGUGCUUCGUUGCCAUUUGUAUUGCUGAUGCAUCUCCCACAUUUUUAAAAUCACAAUUGUAUAAAUAAUUCUGCUCCAAAUAAUACAAAUUUCAAUUUUGUACUUCUCUCUAAUGUGCCAUUUUUUCAUACUGCCUUAUCUUUCCUUUAUUCAUUUCUAUUUAUAAAUUAGAAAGAAGUAAUUGAUUGUGAUUAUCUUUAAUGCUCACUGCUUGGUUCAUUUUGUACAUAGGAAAAUUUUAUAUAAAUUUUUUUUUGAAUUGCUCACACUUAACAUAUUGUUAAGUACUGAUUUGAUGCUCCGCUCUUAAAAUCACAAUAUUUAAAUAAAUGUGUAUUAGUGUUUACAUGUU